AUGGAAGAAAGCAUCAGCUUAGAGGAGACCAACAAGAUCCGUAUUUCUCUCGGUCUCAAGCCCCUCACGGAUGACAAAGCACCCGCAGAUAACAAAGAGAAGGAGGCAGAGAAUAACUACGCGAAGAAGCGGGAGGAAGAGGAGAAGGAAAGAGAUAAGAAGCGGCUACAGGAUAAAAUUGCAAAGGUAAAGAACAAGCGUGAACUCAAUGCAUCGCUGAAGGGAGCUACAUUGGGCGACGCAGACGCGGAAGCAGAUGACACCUUAAAAUGGAUAAAGAAAGCGAAGAAACGCGAAAAGGAGCUCGCGAAGAAGAGGGUGGAGGAGCUAGAAAAUAUGGAUAAGCAAUUCCAAGGCGAUGAAUAUACCGAGAAGGACAUAGAGGGUCUGAAGGUUGCUCACGACUUUGAGGAACUCGGCGAGGGCGAGGAUCGUAUCUUGACACUUAAGGAUAGUCGAAUUCUCGAUAACGAAGAGGACGAGCUGCAGAACGUGGAGAUGGCUGAAAUCGAACGCGUAAAGAAGAGCAAUGAAUUAAAGAUGAAGAAGAGAGACUAUAAGGGUUAUGAUGAUGAUGAAUUUGCUGAAGGACAGGCGGGUAUCCGACGGUCAAUCCUUGCCAAGUAUGAUGAAGACCUUGAAGGUCCAAAGGAGACUGGCUUCCGUCUAGGGGCCAAUGUCCCAAGCAAAUCUGUUCAACUCAAGGAAGAGCAAGAAAGGGCUGCAACAUCCGUAAAUAAAUCUUUACUUUCCAUUGACUAUGCCAAGAAUUUGGAAGUCGCCGACUACGUACAGGAGGGUGAUGUUGGAUUCAAGAAACCAAAGACCAAGAAGAAACGCCCCUCGCGCCGAGUUGCCGAAGAUUCUGGUAUCGAACCGAUCAAUGGUGAAAAUGGUAUGGAAGUGGAUGAGAAGCCAACCGCAUCAAGAGUGCGAAAUCUGGACGUCAACUUUGUUGAUGACGAUGAGCUUCAAGCGUCCCUUGCGCGUGCGCGACGAGCAAAGACCAUGCGGAAACCCAAAGUCCUUACACAGGAGGAAAUCGCCAAGAAACUUACCGAAGAACGAGCGAGGCAAAGCGCGGCUCCAGAGGAUUCCGUGGUGAAAGUCGAAGAUGAAGAAGACUCCGGUCUCGUCUUUGACGAUACAUCAGAAUUCGUUCGUUCCGUCCAGUACGACCCUACUGCAGUAAAGCCGAAAGUAGAGCCCCAGGAGCAGUCGAUAAAGCAGGAACCAUCGAAUGGGGACGUGCACAUGCACGACGAAGAGGAGAUGGAUGAAGUGGAGGCCGGAGAAGUUACAAUGAAGGAGGAGGAAGAUGAGGAAGUCAUGCUUCAUGAGCUUCAGAACGCUAUUCAGUCGGCUGAGGCGGUAGUCAAGAAAGAAGAAGAGGACGCUGAAGUGGGCACUGCAUCAGAACAGACCUACGGCGCAGGUCUCGCUUCAACGCUCAAGAGUUUACGUCAACAAGGGAUAUUGGCGGCACCAACAGCGGACCUGAAGGAGCGGGAGCGAGUACAAAAACAACGUGACCUCUGGCUAGCUGACUACCGUGCACGGCAGGCACUGCGCGAACUUGAGCGUGUAAAGGCAAAGGGGGAGAAGAAAGACCAGGCUCAGCGUGAAUACGAAAAUCGGUUACGAGAGCAGCAGGAGGCGCGCGAGAAUAUGGAUCUCUUCAACGAUUACAAGCCUGACGUCAAUAUUGUGUAUCACGAUGAAUUUGGACGAGAAUUGACGCCGAAGGAAGCUUGGAAAGCGUUGUCGCAUCGCUUCCACGGCAAGGGAUCGGGAAAGAUGAAGACAGAGAAACGGCUGAAGAAGAUAGCGGAAGAAAAGAAGAAGGAAGCGAUGAUUAGUGGGGAUACUCCAUUGUCUAUGAAUAGGGCGUUCCAGAUGCGUCAGGAGAAGGCUGGACAGGCUCAUUUCGUUCUGUCCGUGGGCAAUAGAGGUGCUGUACCCCAAGCUGCAGAAUUCCUCGACCCUCCGACACUUUCUAAAGGCAAAACCGAAAAAACGAAGAAAAAGAAGAGCUCGGCAGCGAAAGACCAGUCCCUAGCUGCGAUGGACAUGACUGGGUUCACGUCCUUACCUCCUUCACGGCCCUUGUCAUCUAGUCCAGGCCCUGGAACGAGGAACUCAGACUCGCCAGCACCAUCAAUGAUGAAGCAUAGCUUCUCUCAAGUGUCGGAGCCUGUAUCUAGAACUGAUUCGCCUAUGUCAGCAGGCGGAGCGGAGCGGACGAAGGUAACGAUUGGGUUUGGUGCGAAGAGGAAGGCGGGGGACGAACCGGGAACGCCGCCUGCAAAGAGACGAUAG